UUUCCUUAUACACCUUCGACAAGGCUAAGCAGUGCAUUGGCACAAUGACCAUCGAGAUAGAUUUUCUGCAGAAGAAGAGCAUUGACUCCAACCCCUACGACACAGACAAGAUGGCUGCUGAAUUCAUCCAGCAGUUCAACAGCCAAGCCUUCUCAGUCGGCCAGCAGCUUGUGUUCAGCUUUAAUGACAAACUUUUUGGCCUGUUGGUAAAGGACAUGGAAGCUAUGGACCCCAGCAUUCUGAAAGGAGAGUCUGGAGCAAGCAAAAAGCAGAAGAUUGAGGUUGGCUUGGUUCUUGGAAACAGCCAAGUUGCCUUUGAAAAAGCUGAGAACUCCUCUCUCAAUCUCAUCGGUAAAUCAAAGACCAAGGAGAACCGCCAGUCAAUCAUCAACCCAGACUGGAAUUUUGAGAAAAUGGGCAUUGGGGGCCUCGACAAAGAAUUCUCAGAUAUUUUUCGACGAGCUUUUGCUUCUCGAGUUUUUCCACCGGAAAUCGUGGAGCAAAUGGGCUGCAAGCAUGUGAAAGGCAUUCUCUUGUAUGGACCUCCAGGCUGUGGUAAAACACUUAUGGCGAGACAGAUUGGCAAGAUGCUGAAUGCCAGAGAACCAAAGGUGGUCAAUGGUCCAGAAAUCCUCAAUAAAUAUGUGGGCGAAUCUGAGGCCAACAUCCGCAAGCUGUUUGCUGAUGCAGAAGAAGAACAAAGAAGGCUCGGAGCAAACAGCGGUGUGCAUAUCAUCAUUUUUGAUGAGAUUGAUGCAAUCUGCAAGCAGAGAGGAAGCAUGGCAGGCAGCACUGGAGUCCAUGAUACUGUUGUAAACCAGUUGCUGUCUAAAAUUGAUGGAGUAGAGCAGCUCAAUAACAUCCUGGUGAUUGGCAUGACCAACAGGCCGGACCUGAUUGAUGAGGCUCUGCUGAGACCGGGGAGACUGGAGGUGAAAAUGGAGAUUGGCUUGCCGGACGAGAAGGGUCGAUUCCAGAUUCUUCAUAUCCACACAGUACGGAUGCGGGAACACCAGCUGCUGGCUGAAGAUGUGGACAUUGCAGAACUGGCAGUUGAGACCAAGAACUUUAGUGGUGCUGAACUAGAAGGUUUAGUUCGAGCUGCUCAGUCUACUGCUAUGAACAGACACAUUAAGGCCAGCAACAAAGUGGAAGUGGAUAUGGAGAAGGCAGAGAGCUUGCGUGUGACAAGAGGAGACUUCUUUGCAUCUUUGGAGAAUGAUAUCAAACCAGCGUUUGGAACCAAUCAGGAAGACUAUGCAAGCUACAUCAUGAAUGGUAUUAUUAAAUGGGGUGAUCCAGUAACGAGGGUAUUGGAUGAUGGGGAGCUGCUUGUCCAACAAACCAAGAACAGUGACCGCACUCCUCUGGUUAGCGUGCCUUUAGAAGGUCCCCCCCACAGUGGGAAGACUGCUUUAGCAGCCAAAAUAGCAGAAGAAUCCAACUUUCCCUUUAUCAAGAUCUGUUCUCCUGAUAAGAUGAUUGGAUUUUCUGAAACGGCCAAGUGCCAAGCUAUGAAGAAGAUCUUUGAUGAUGCGUACAAGUCCCAACUCAGCUGUGUGGUUGUGGACGACAUUGAGAGACUUCUAGAUUAUGUUCCAAUUGGACCACGGUUCUCUAAUCUGGUGUUGCAAGCCCUUCUUGUACUGCUAAAGAAGGCCCCCCCUCAGGGUCGCAAGCUUCUCAUCAUUGGAACCACCAGUCGCAAAGAUGUCCUGCAGGAAAUGGAAAUGCUGAAUGCUUUCAGCACUACGAUUCAUGUGCCCAACAUUGCAACGGGGGAGCAGCUGAUGGAGGCUCUGGAGCUCCUGGGUAACUUCAAAGACAAGGAACGCAGCACUAUUGCACAGAAUGUCAAAGGGAAGCCUGUCUGGAUCGGUAUCAAGAAGCUGCUGAUGCUGAUAGAAAUGUCAUUACAAGAAGGCUUUGAUGAAUGGAUAUGCUCACGAUUUGCCAUGUGA